AUGGCCUCAGUUCCAAACUUCCAUGCACUCCCCAUGUUUCUUGUUGUUACCAUGAUCUUGUUAUCGACUACUCCACUUGCUUCGGGGCAAUGUGAAGCAGAAUCCAAAAAUGCAUGCCAAGACAAGGCAGAAUCCAUGAAGCUGAAAAUCAUUGCCAUUGUUGCAAUCUUAUUAUCUAGUAUGAUUGGUGUGUGCUCACCAUUGUUUUCUCGUCUAUUGCCAUCGCUUAGACCCGAAAGGGACUUAUUCAUUGUGGUCAAGGCGUUUGCUUCUGGUGUUAUUCUAGCAACCGGGUACAUGCACGUGUUACCGGAUGCUUUUGACGACUUGAUGUCCAAGUGUUUGCCUGAGAAUCCGUGGAGGAAGUUCCCUUUCACAACUUUCGCGGCAAUGCUGGCUGCGCUGGUGACCCUCAUGGUGGAUUCGUUUGCCAUGAGUACAUACAAGAAACGUUGUGCUAAAGCUUCAGUGGCUGAUGCUGGCAAUGGUGCGGGACUGGAAAAUGGGAAUGUACAAAUAGAGAUUUUUGGACAAGGACAGGGCCAUGCAGUUGAGAAGAAUGAUAAAGCAUCACAGUUGUUAAGGUGUCGAGUUAUUGCUCAGGUAUUAGAGUUGGGAAUUAUAGUUCAUUCGGUGGUAAUUGGUCUUGCAAUGGGAGCCUCUGAGAAUCAUUGCACGAUAAGAUCACUCAUCGCUGCUCUUUGCUUCCAUCAAAUGUUCGAGGGAAUGGGACUAGGUGGAUGCAUACUACAGGCUGAAUAUGAGCUCAAAAUGAAAGCAACCAUGGCAUUCUUCUUCUCGGCCACAACUCCUUUCGGAAUUGUUCUAGGAAUUGGUUUGUCAAGUGUUUACAGUGAGACCAGCCCAACUGAACUCAUUGUUGUAGGGCUGCUAAACGCUAGCUCAGCAGGGUUGCUGAAUUAUAUGGCUUUGGUGGAUCUCCUGGCAGCGGAUUUUAUGGGGCCUAGGCUUCAAACAAAUAUGAAGCUCCAGGUUUGGUCUUAUAUGGCAGUGUUGCUUGGUGCUGGGUUCAUGUCAUUGAUGGCAAAAUGGGCUUAG